AUGGCUCAGGAUAUCCCGUCUCAUCCAACGCACGCCUCGCGUCCGUCGCCAUUUUGGAAACCCUGGAACAUUCCGACGGACCCAGUGAUCGUCGGGCGACGCCUCUGCGGCCUGCUGAACAAGAUAACCGCGUACAACUUCCCCUCGGUGUCUGAUCAGAUCGCACAUUGCUUUCUGGACAUCGAGCGCAGUCACGACCCAGCGGUGGGGGAGCUGUACGGCAACGCCAUCGCGCAGAUCCUCCGCAGCUUAUUUCAUUGCCCGAACAGCUCCCAGCAGCCACGCUUAUACGCCAGCCUCUGCCGCAGGGUUAUGGAUGAGUUGGAGCGGGAGCGAGGGUAUUGGGAGUUCGUGGACUACCACGAUGUUAACCCAGCGGAGGCUGACCCGGCACCCAACUACUUCGUCACGAGUAUACGCUCUAUGCUCGCUACGACAUUCCGUCGCUUCCACAAGCAAAGGGACCGCGAACGCUUGUGCAACCUUAUGCAGUUCUGCGCCGAGCUGCUUGUGCAGGACUUGCUGCGGCCAGAGGAUGUGUGCGACCAGUUCACAGACCUCUGUCGAGAGGCUGCGGACAACGACAGUGUAGCAGUGGCAGCUGUCCGGAGGUUCUGUUUGGCGAUCUUCAGGAGCUUUAAUGCGCCGCUGCUCCUGCACUCCUUGCAUGUUAUCGACGAGCUGGAAUGUGUGCUGAAAGGAAGCUGCCUUAGGCCAAUGAUACAGUACACGGUUUCAGCAAUACUCACCCGAGCCCAAGACAUCGAGACGGAAGAGAUCUUCGGCUUAAGUGAGGAAGGAGUCGAGUACUACGGCUUGGACGCUUCUCCGACGACUUCGAGCGAUGAACUGGAACAAGGCUCGGACGUUACAGAGCCUGGGCUGUCCUUGAGUCGCCUUCACUACGCAUGUGUCGAGGGCGCGAGGACCUUUGUUUCCACCGGAAACAUCCAGCCUGCGAAUGCAUUCUUGCAGCAACUCCUGCCAGAACACAGACAUAUUUUCGUCGGAGAUCUCAUCCGAACUGCGAUACUGGCGGGCGAUCCUGCAAGUGCGAGUACUGCGGUUUCCCACUUCUUUGAGCUCCCCGCAACUCGCCAGGCUUGUCAUAAUAUGGACAGUUUCGCCGUUGCCUUGGGAGAUGAGCUGGGAGAUCUGCCUGAUGUGACGUUGGACAUCCCCCACGCUGCCUGUUACUUGGCUUUGAUGACGGUAGGCAGCGGGAUAGACUAUGCAGGCGCAGCGUCACUGUCAGAAAAGGCAUUGGGCAACCAUGAUGAACGCAAUGUAUUCCUGGGGGAGUAUGCUGCGCAAAAGGAGAAACGCGAAGUCCGGUAAAGUAUGCGCUGGUGGUGCGUCUCUUUACUGUACGUUGCCUUCGAGCUCGGAAACAAUAAGAGUCGUUGUCGUCUUCUGCAACUGACCGGAAGUGACGGUGACAUCGUGUGGCCUGCAGACUCGACGUCCUAGCUCCGAGUCGGGAUAUCUCAGCGUAUUUGUACUACGAACGGGAUUGUCGUCCUCAGCACAACAAAUAAAGAGACAGCAUCUUAUGUACAAGUUCAAGGGCCGGCGAUCCUGAAAUAUUGUAAGGAGACAAGCUUGAGUAGACCGGUUAGGAGU